CGUGAGACACACGUGGUUUUCGUGCCCGUGAAGCAAUAGCAACAUGGCCAGUCUCAACUACGAAGGCUGUAAUUUCCUGAGGCAGAGGCUGGUGCUGUCCACGCUGAGUGGUAAAAGGGUGAAAAUACGAAAUAUUCGAUCCAGAGAUGACAACCCCGGACUUCGCGAUUUUGAAGCGAGUUUUAUCAGGCUUCUGGACAAAGUGACCAAUGGCACCAGAAUCGAAAUCAACCAGACAGGAACGGCGUUGUUUUAUCAGCCUGGUCUGCUGUACGGCGGCUCGGUGGAGCACGAGUGUAACAUUCAGCGCUCCAUAGGUUACUACCUGGAGGCACUCAUCAUGCUGGCACCGUUCAUGAAGAACCCGCUCAAAGCCGUCUUAAAGGGGGUCACGAAUGACCCGACAGACCCUUCAGUGGAUUUGCUGAAAGUCACUGCUGUUCCUCUGAUGAAAAAGUUUGGUGUGGAUGGGGAAGGUCUGGAACUGAAGGUGGUCAAGAGAGGCAUGGCACCUGGAGGAGGAGGUGAAGUGCAUUUUUCCUGUCCUGUACGACGAACCAUCAAACCUGUUCAGCUCACCGAUCCGGGCAAAAUCAAGAGGAUCCGAGGAACCGCCUACUCGGUGCGUACGUCUCCGCAGAUGGCCAACAGGAUCGUAGACUCGGCCCGGAGCAUCCUAAACAAAUUCAUUCCAGACAUUUACAUCUACACAGACCACAUGAAGGGAGCCAGUUCGGGCAAGUCUCCAGGUUUUGGUUUAGUUCUUGUGGCAGAGACUAUAAACGGGACAUUUCUGAGUGCAGAGAUGGCAUCGACCCAACAGGGACAGGGAGAUCCAAUCCUUCCUGAAGAAAUGGGCAAGGAAUGUGCCCGACUUCUGCUGGAAGAGGUCUACAGGGGUGGCUGUGUGGAUUCGACCAAUCAGAGCUUGGCUCUGUUGUACAUGACACUCGGCCAGCAAGAUGUGUCCAAAAUUCUUCUAGGUCCCCUUUCUCCAUAUACGAUCGAGUUCCUUCGGCACAUCCGGGACUUCUUUCAGAUCAUGUUCAAGAUCGAGCAGCAGAAUGGAGACGAAGACGAGCGGAAAGGAGGAGAGAAAGUGCUGAUGACCUGCGUAGGCGCCGGUUACACGAACAUCAGCAAGACGCUCAAAUAGACUCCACUCGUAACUCGUACCACAGCUGUGUCUCAAACUGCGUACCUCUCACACACACACGCGCUUUUGGUUCAAGUGCUUUGUUCAGACAAGAUCUAGUGUAUUAUUAAUGCCUGGUGAUGUACUAGUACAAUGUGAGGUAAAACAUUUGCUACAGAACGUUUGUUCUUUUUAUGAAGAACUUGCUGUCCUACAACAUUAUGUAGUGUACGAAGGUUAUAGUGUAAGGUAAUAUGAUUCGAGACAUGGCCCCAGAUGUGGUUUUUUUUUUUUUUUUUUUUUUUUUUAAUUAUUAAUAUUAUUUUAGGUCUCUUGUUAAUGAGAAAAUGUACAGUUUGUGAAGAUACCUUUUUUUUUUUUUACAAAAAAAAUAAUAAUCUCAUAAAUGUU